CUUAUUAUCUGGGUACCACAAAAUAAUUUAUACGUAUUGUGAUAUAUAUAUUUAUAUGAAAUAAAAUCAAGUAGCGUGAAACGAUGUUUAGGCCUGAAAAAUUAUAAUGUUUAGUGGUAGUACUAUUAGUAGAAGUAGUACCCCCCUAGGCCUAACCGUAUUUUUAUCCGCUGUGUGCCGCUGUUCUACCGCUUUAAACUUGCCGUAAGCUACGUGAAGACUCACCUGAACGAGGAAAAGCAUUUGGGAUACCUUAAAAGUUAAAUAUAAUUUACAAAUUUUGCUCGUUCACAUUACUUAUUAAAAGGUGUGAGGAGUGACUAGUUGGUGAAUAUGGAAGUACACAAUUUUGGGUCUAAUCCGGUCUCGUGUCACACGUGGAAUAAAGACAAAACUCAGUUGGCCUUAUCCCCAAAUAACAAUGAGGUCCUUAUUUAUAAAAAAGCUGGUGAAAAAUGGACUGAGCCAGAGUUACUGUUGCAGCAUGAGCUUCGAGUUACCAGCAUGGAUUGGGCUCCGAACACUAAUCGCAUCGUCACAUGUUCGGAAGACAGAAAUGCCUACGUUUGGACGCAGUGUGAUGGUAAAUGGAAACCCAUGUUAGUGUUAUUACGGAGCAAUCGAGCUGCUGCCUGUGUAAGAUGGGCACCAAAUGGUGAGUUACAGUAAUAAAUGUACAGGCUAGCCUACUGCACCACACAGUAAGUUACAGUAAUAAACUUACAGCACCACACAGUAAGUUACAGUAAUAAAUGUACAGCACCAAAUGGUGAGUUACAGUAAUAAACGUACAGCACCACACAGUAAACUACAGUAAUAAAUGUACAGCACCACACAGUAAGUUACAGUAAUAAAUGUACAGCACCACACAGUAAGUUACAGUAAUAAAUGUACAGCACCACACAGUAAGUUACAGUAA